ACAUAUUUUUUGAUUUAGUUAAAAAAAAUAACAACUAUACCAAAUAAAGUCGAAGAUGAGUUUUUUCUAAAAUAUUUUCUUAUAUAAAAAUAUUUUUUACCCCCAAGUAUAAUAGAAUUUUCUUCCUGAUCACCUCUUGUAAUGCAAAGUGAGCCUAACCAAAGUUCUCCGCCAAUCAGAGACCACAAAACUCUUCGCCCCAAUCCUCCAACCAAUCAGAAGCACAGGUUACCUAAACCUCCGAGAGCAACCAGAAUCCUGGCCUCUGAUUAGUCCAGAAUCUCCGACGGGUUGCGUGAUUGGGUGAAAAGUCUGGGAGUAUUUGGUUGAUUGGUUGAUGGUCGGGAGUGGGGAAUUAGAACGUUAGCAGCAUAUUAGAUCCACAAACCCGACAAUUAAGUGCUUCAGUCGAAUACACCCCAGGGAGUUUAGAACCACGAGAUAAUCCGCGACACAUUUGAGACAAAUCCGCAAAACAGGAAGAAUAGAAAAUCCGGGAAACUUGAUAAUUGAAGGCAUAAAACGGACAUGAGACCAAUUUUUCCUAACAAAGAGAAAUGGGAGAAGAAAAUAGAAGAAGAGGAGGGGGGAAAACGUAGAGAAGAAAAUAUAAACACAGAUGUAGAGGAGGGAAGAAGAAGGAGAGGGGAGGAUGAGGAUGAAGAUGAAAGAGGAAAAUAUCAAAGAAAUUCUGGAACUAAUACCGGAUCCUCCUUUCUUAUAGAGGACAUCCUCUGUCAAGGAACCAAGGUAGGAUCUAGCAUAGAGAAAAAGGAAUUUGGCCAAUAUUCCAGAACAUUCCAGUCUGUCGGCAGUUCUCUAGUCAGGAACUUGAUAGACAACACUGAAAGUAAUCCGCUGGUACGAUCCUUGAUUGAACAGAAUGAAAAUAACAAUCCGCUGGUACGAUCCUUGAUCGAACAGAAUGACAGUAGCAGUCCUCUGGUGCGAUCGUUGGCCGACUAUCCGUUCUCUGCUUACCUCCCUCUCUCAGUUCAUCACCAUCUUCUUCAGAAACCAGAACAUUCAAAUCCAUUCUUCUUCCCGCAAGGAUUUCCCAGUGGGCUACACUUUAGCAGUCUUUUCAAUACAGAUCUUGGAAAACCAGGACGACGAAGAAAGGCAAGAACUGUGUUCUCAGAUUCCCAGUUGGCUGGACUUGAACGAAGGUUCUCUAAUCAACGGUAUUUAUCAACACCUGAACGGGUUGAACUCGCUAAUGCUCUUCAACUGUCAGAGACCCAGGUUAAAACCUGGUUUCAGAACAGGCGGAUGAAGCAUAAGAAGUACUUGAGAAAGCAGGUGGACGGGGAGGAAGAGGAGGAGGAGGAGGAGAUCAGGGACGAGGAGGAGGUCGAGGAUGAUGAGAAUGAUACAAAGAUAUGUAUUGAGCAAGACGGAGGUUCCCCUGUGGAUUAUUCAAGGAAGGAUGGAACUAUAAUUCAGCACUCUAUUCUUCAACAGAGGCUCUCCUUGUUAGAUGUAGAAUACAAUAGCUAUCUACAGAACAAUCCACGAUAAAUCAAUUCCAUGUGUUCAGUACUUUACACCCAUUAUAUAAAUAAUAUACAGACACUAGAGUUCCGCCCGCCUGUUGCAUAAAACGGGCUGGGUCAACCACAUACUAGGCAACCUAGACGGGCUGGUACGAGUAAACACUAUUUGUACUGGUUCAGAUCAUCCAACUUUUGAACUUAUGUGCAGAGAAUGUACAGAGAGAAUUAGUAUUACAGAGUUAGCACAAACAAAGAGGAUUAAUUAUUACCAAGAUAUAUGUAUCAACUAAAUAGUUUAAUAUUUUUAUGUUAAAAUGUUUUGAUAUUUAAACCCAUUCCUAAUUUAAUGUUUUUUAAUCAAUUCUUAAUCUCAAAAGGAACGGUAGACGAUUACAUAAGGUACUCUGAACCUUAUGUAAGCAAAAAUGGUUGAAAUAGUUUUAUUCAAUUAACUGGCUUACAGUUAAUAACUCUUAAUUUCGGGUUCUUUACAAAAGUUACUUGCGGAUUUAAGAAGCAGAAGUAAAAAGGAAAUUAACCGAAUUGAUCUUUUCAUUAAAAUAGACGUUUUAAUGAUUAUCAAAUACAGUUUAAAGAGUACCAUUUUAUAAGUUGGCUAUAUAAAACAUAUCUAUAAAAUAAAACAAUACAUUCGUAUGUUCCCUAUAGCCGGCCAAAUGGCUGAACCGAACGGGCUGACAUUUUUUGAGGGAAACCAGGGGUAUGCCUUUAAUGCUAAAAUGAAUUAAAUUACAAAUUUUCAUUUUUUUUAGAAUUUUUUUUUCUUCAUUUUUUAAUUGUAUAUUUUCGAAUGGAGGGUUUUUAAAGGCCUGGAAUAGAACCUGCAAAACCGGAAAACGUAAAAUAUCAAAUAUUAAAUGAAUUAAUUCUGUAAUCUGUAAUCUCUCCAUUAUGUAUUAUUAUGAUAUUUAUGAUAUUUACUCUCAUUUAUACAGCUAUUACUAGAUAUGAAAUACAUACAUGAUUACUAA